GGCAGAGAGAGGUACAAGAAUGAUAUUACCACCGAGAUGUUGAGGUCCAGCGCCUCCGACAGGAGGGUUAACUACCGAGCUACGUGCUCGCCUUGGAUUGCCGCCUCCUCCGUUCGAUCCCGCUGCGCCUGUUACCAAACCAAGCAACCCGGUGAACAUUCGUAUAAAAACCGCAUUCAGCACGAUCUUUUCGGACAGUCCUGCUAUCGUGGAAUGGUCAGGGACUUACCGCGGCUCCUGGAACCUAUUACAAAGCUCAAGCACAUUGUCAUGGGCGCCAUUCCCGGCCCCGACGAAGAGGCUUUCGUUGUCGGACUUGGCAGACCAAAACAACUCACUCGUUUCAGGCAUACAGGGCAGCUAGCUCGGUACAUGGAUGAAUUCCAGCGUAUGUACGGGUUUUCUCGCGACAUACCAUCUUACCUUGGUUUAUCCGCGGAGCUUCCGCGUGGAAUCAAAUCUUGGGGUCUCGGGGUCUAUGACACCCCUAGAAGGUGGACGGGGAUCAUACAUCCAGAGCCCCAGGGGGCUUUCUGCCUCGAAGGGAAGAAUCAUCCAUCAACUGUGAGGAUACGAACCCCACAUAAAUCACUGGAAUCUGGUCAUAGAAAGAAUAGGGGAAGGGAAAGGGGCGCAAGUCAAAGGUCGAGGAAAGCCAGUUACAACUCAUCCCUGUCCCAUACGUCUUGCUUCCGUCGAUGACGGUUUACACAUCUUGGGGACCAGUACCGUCGGUCGUCCAUGGCGACGAAGACCACCCGCGCACGUCGGUUUGUUGUACGAUGGAAAGCGCACGGGUAUGAACAUGAUAUAUGGAUAACCGGAAAGCAUAUAGGCGCAUAUGACUUGGUAGCAGAGUUUAAAGAAACGCGGGUAAGGGAUAUCGCACCUACUUACCUUAUUUGGGAUCGGGCAAAAUAUCACGCAGAUUGCCGGGGGAUAGGGGCGAUGGAUGGCAUCGUGUAUAUGGAAAGAUUGCCGAUUCAGAACGGGUCUGGGCUUUU